UUUCCACACGGAUGAAUUUAUGUAAAGAACACACAUUUGCGCCGCCUCUUUUGAGUGCAACUCAAUAUAAUGUCAAUGUAGAUAUGUGAGAGUUUGAAAGUUUUUUCGAUUUGUGGAUGAUAGUUCAUUUCGAAAGCAGAAGUAACUGUAUAUAGUAUUUAAUGUCGCUGAAGUUUUGAAAAGAUGUUUUAAGUGACACUAAAUCAAGGAAGACGAGUUUCUUGCGGAUUUUUCUCAUAAGUUUUUUUUAAACCAUGGCUUGUGAAGGAAACGGGAUGUCAGAUGAGAGGAUAGGAGCUGCCCUGAUAAGGGAGGUCAUAGAGGAGGAGCUGAAAGACAUGCCGACAGCGGAUGUCCCACCCCUCACUCCAGUAGUAAAGACGGAAAUAAAGAAUGAGCAGGAGCAGAAGAUGGUGACACAGCUAGGCAAAAUGAUCCGCAUCAUUGGCGACCGAGUGCGGGACGACAAGGAGUUCCAAGAUGCAAUUGAUGGGGUGGCUCAAGGCCCUGGCUCCAAGUGGGACAAGCUUAAGCAAGUGGCAGACAAAGUGUUUGAACAUGGGAUAACCUGGGAGAGGAUUGCCGUUCUCAUCUAUGUUGCUGGCAAGCUGGCUGUCAGGAUGGUGGAGGCUCAUCUCCCUCAGUUAGUGAGGGACAUCCUGACGUGGACUGUGGACUUUUUCAGAAACAAUCUCCUGAGCUGGAUUCGGGAACAUGGCGGAUGGAUCAACAGUUUCUCAGAGUUGGCAACGGCAUCCAUGAGGAGCAUGUCAUGCAUGAGCUCUCAUUACUCUGGCCUCUUUGUCAUCUUUGUUGCCGGCCUGGCUCUGGGAAGCUUGAUCACCUGGAGAAUGACCAGAUGCCCCUGAACCGUACACACACACACACACCAUGAUAUUAUUUUACCUGACUAUAAAAUGUUAACUAGAAGGUUUAUUAUUCCAUGUUGAGUAAAUUGCCCACAUACUCUUCUGUGGGCCCGUACUGUAUGAACACUGAAAUGUGUUAAUGUGCAUUCAGCCAAAGUGAUGGGGGAAAGAUUUGAACAGUAAAGUCUGUUUACAAACAUGUACUGUCAUGAAAUUAGAGGUACAAUAUAUACACAUACACUGUUUAAUGAUGUGUGGCAGUGUGCUUAGCAAUAUAUUGUCAUUUUUAUUCAUUGUUUUUUUUUUUUUCUUUAGUUAAAACCCCAUUACUUUUAGUCCAUGGAGAUUGGUGGUGUUAGAUGAUGAACUGGGGUGUAAACACAAAUUCUUGGCAAGAACCUCUGUCAGAGGUUUUAUAAUUUAUUUGCACAAAUGAUAAUGUUGUUGAUCAUACAAGAUGACCAUGAUGUGAGUUUCUGAAUCAAGAGUUUCUGCUGGGUUAAUGCCCCUUUCUAAUACUUGGAAGUAGAAACUGUACAUGUGGCUUUGACCAGCUGAUGCCUUUUGCCUUGUGGGCAUAAAAAUGAUCACUUUUCACCAAAGAUGGAGACAGAAAAAAACCCAGGGUAGUCAGCAAUUAACACAUGAUCUUAAUUGUUCCAUUUUUUUUUGUCUUUCUUUAUAACAGUUAAAUGCAAUAACAGAGCUUGUCUGUCCUGCAACAUUCCAUCACUGCUGUUUUGAUUUCAUGCAGUAAUUCAAAGUUAAUGUACAGCUGGGUUAUAGUUUAAAAACAGUGACUGUGCAUUAGACAGACACAUUAUUUUGCUUUGUUUUUAUAGAUCUAUCCACGUUGUUGCAGAAAAAGUCAGUACAGGAAAACAAACCCAAUCAGAACCCAGACCUUAACAUUACAGAGGUGCUGUGGAGUGAGCUGAAAGUGUCUGAGCUGAAGCAGCUCUGAGAGGAAGAACCAUCCAAAGGUCCUCUUGAAUGUUGUGCAGGUCUGAUUCACAGCUACAGGAAGCACUUGUUUGUUGUCAUUUUGUUUGUACUUGUGACUUAGAUGAAGAUCAGAUCACUUUUUAUGACCAAUUCAUGCAGAAAAGCAGGUCAGUCUUUUCCCUUGCUACUUUUGUUUGUCCACCAGAGAGAUAUGACAAAAAAAGAUGAACCAACAAUAAAAUGAUCUACUCAGUACAUAUCUUGGUCAGAGUC